AUGGUUCCACCAAGUACAGUACCAGUUAUCGAUCCACUUUCCUUUCGUUCCUUUUGUUUUCGAGGCGAAGGUCGUGCUAAUUUUGUGAUUAGUGCAAAAUGUGGAAAAACAGGUUUAAGAAUAGCCUGGAGAUUGACAAAACAACGUAGGUCGGGAAAUGUAACAACGAAACCAAAGUGUCAUGUUGUUAUUGCAUAUUUGGAGAAGUUAAUUGUGCCUUUUCUUGGUCGGCAGUUUCUUGUUAAACCUGAAGUUGUUAAAAUUGAUACAGAAUCUUUGCACCAUCUCGCCAAAAUUCCUGCUCUUCCAUUCAAUUUAAAGAUUGAAACAUUCGAGGAAUUAUGUGAUUCAAAGAAAUAUCCCUCCACAAUGAGUUUUUUCCCGUCUUUUUGUUCAAAGGAUAUUCGUUAUGUGAGCAUUCUGCAAAUGAUGGAUGCUACAAGAAUUCCGAAAUGUUUAUCACCACGGUAUUUUGGUCCCACAAUUACGGUGGAAAUUAAGCCUAAACAAGGUUUCAUGCAGAAUCAUCCAGGUGUCAACAUACCAUACUGCAAUAACUGUAUAUUACAGCUGGAAAAGUGCCAUUCGGAUGCUUUCGAACAGAUGUACGAUUUUUGUCCAUUAGAUUUGUUCAGCGGUGAUUUGAAGCGAAUGCGUAAGGCACUUAAUUCGUUGUUCAUAGUACCACAUCGAAAUCUACGGAUUUUUCUUGAUGGAAAUUUAAUACAUUCUGAUGAACGUCAGUUGACGGGCGAACAGCUUCGUGAAUCCCUUUUUCGUGAUGGCUCUGUUUCUCUUCAGCAAUUGAUCAACGCCUUAUGUUGCAUUUUGGUGGAUGCACCGUCGGACGAUUUAUUUGCUGUGCAUGAUUCAGGUGUUCUUACAAAGUUACUGAAGGGACAGCGCAUCGAUACGGUUGGUAUUGUUCGUGCUUAUCAAAUUUACACAAACCUCCCUGAAACAGAGCAGAAAGAACUGCUAGAUAAAUGCUUGCUACCCAAGAAAGGUGUAACAUUCCUUCAUCAGAAUACAGAUCGUGCACUGGUCGAGCGUUACCUGUUGGCUGCUACAAUGAAAGAUUGUUCGUUGAUGAUUAGUAUGAGAUUAGUUGACCCAAUUGCUUUUGCCAGCCAAAGUGUGCAAUCAUCACGGCAACAAAUUGUGCGAGUUCUCGGAGCAUCUGGUGCUAGCUAUAUCGGUUUCGCAUAUUCUGUAAAAAUCGUCGAUCUUGAUCCAAAAUCACCUAAAAAUUUGUUAAAUGCUUAUAGUCGUUUUAUGGACGGCGUAAAAUUAAUAGAGCAGGCACCUAAUUUACAUAGGCCAUGUGUUGUUUGA